AUGGAUAAAAACAACCCAAACAUAAAAGAAUAUAUAUUAUCCUAAUUAGGAGAGGAUCCAUCCGAGGAGGCCAUCAAAUAGGUUGCUGAAAAAACUUAAGUGUUGCCAAUACUGAUCAAACAAUGGUUGCACUUUUAUAAAAGGAAUAAUUAAUCACAAAAUGGCUUAGAUCUACAACCACAAAAGCUUGAAAGUGUUCCAAAAUUUAAUGGAAAAUUUGAGCAAUAUUACGAUGUUGAAGACCCUAAUUAUGAACUUAAACAAAAGAAAUAGUUUAUAUCAGACAAUCAUUAGAAGUACACAUCUUAAGAAGACAAAACAAUAGAAAAGUAAUUGAAAGAAGUGGAGAAAGAGAUAAAAAAGAGAAAAAAAUUGCUGAAAACAGACAAGAAAUAAGCAGAUCCAUAUUUCAAUGAACUUUAUGUGUCAGAUGAGAUAAAUUAAGAUUUCAAAAUCAAUGAUAAUAAGCAAUUUAACUUAAAGGAAUAAUAUAUAAAUGUGCCCAUCUAUUACAUGAUCAAACUAGAGGAGAGUCUCAUGGAACAAGCCAUUAAUAUCCAUUAAAAAAUAGUAAAAAUCAUAGAGGCAAAAUAUGAUUAUCUUAAUUUAUUAUGA